AUGAGUGAACACAAAAGCCAUUAUAAUCGUGAUAAAGACAAAACUUGCUUUUAUUGUAGACAACCUGGGCACUGUCUAAAAAAUUGUCCUAAAAAAGCAAAAGGAGAAGAUUCAAUUUGUUAUAAUUGUGGAAGUCAUGACCAUAUUUUAAGGGACUGUCCUGAACCAAGAACAGGUAAAUUAGCAUUUUCAACAUGUUUUGUUUGUCACCAAAUGGGGCAUAUAUCACGUGAUUGUCCAAACAAUCCAAAAGGAAUUUAUCCUCAAGGUGGAGGAUGUAGAUAUUGUGGUGAUGUAAAUCAUUUUGCAAAAGAUUGUCCAAAUAAAAGAAAAAAACAAACAGGAGAUGACGACCAAGAUGAUUAUAUUAGCAAAAGAGAUGUUGAAGAAAAAGGAUUUAAAAGUGGAGAUGGUGAUGAAGAGAAAUCUAUUAAAAUUACUAAAUCAGAACAAGAUGAAGUUCCAAAGAAAAAGAAGAAGGUAAUUAAAUUUUGA